UCUCUUGUUCGAUCGGGCGGUGCCCCUUGUCUGAGCUGACCGAGCUCUCCAAUACAUAGAGCAGAGGACCUCAGCUGCUGCUGUUUACUACUGCCAGCACACAUUCCACUACAGACUACAGUGCCAGCCACCCGGAGAGGGAGAGAGCCGGGAGAGGGGGAGAAGCAGCCAUGCGGUGGUGCUACGUGGGGAAGGCGACCAAGAUCUUCUUCGCCGUCGUGGCCGCGCUCGCUGUCGUCGGUCUCAUCGUUGCCGUCGGCGCCGUCAUCCACCGCGCCAAGUCCCAUCGCAACUCGGGCGCCGCCUGCGCCACCGCCGCCGGCGGGUGUCAGCCAGUCCCGCCCGGGACCGUCAGCCAACAGCCAUCCAUGCCUUCCACCGCGGUCACCGCUCCGCCGCCGCCGCCAAAUCCCACCUUUCCUGCCCCGGGAACCGCCUUACCGCCGCCGCAGUCGCUGGUGCCCCCUCUGCAGCCCCCACCAGCACCAAUUGCGUCGCCCUCGCCGGCCACAUUUGCGUCCCCGCCGCCUCCGGACGUGCUGGUGCCGCCGCCACCAGCAAUCGCACCACCGGCGCCGGAAUUUGCGUCACAGCCGCCUCCGGCUGCGCUGGUGCCGCCGCCACCAGCGAUUGCGCCACCGGCGCCGGAAUUUGCGUCACAGCCCCCUCCGGUCGCGCUGGUGCCGCCACCGCCGGCCCCGGAUGCGCCGAGUCCGACGGCGUCCUGACUCAUGUCGCCGGUUCUUGACUAUUGAUGACUCGAUCUCAGAGCAGAUUCAGGUUGUAGGGCACCGAUUCAGGUUCAGGACAUGGAAUUAGUCUGCUGUCUUUCCUUUUCAAUUGCCGGAUUAAAUCCUUCAUCACCCCCCAUCCCACAUCGAGAUUUCACCGAUUCAAGUCGCAUCUUGUUAUAUUUGUAAUUCUGAUUCUUGUUUACUCUAUGAUGACAGUCUCGUGCUCCUCAAUGCAAAUCACUUAAAGCAAAA